AUGAUCUUGACAGAAUAUGACAUACAAUACACUACUCAGAAGGCCAUUAAAAGUAGUGUGAUUGCUGACUAUCUUGCGCAUCAACCUGUGGAUGAUUACCAAACUAUGCACUUUGAGUUUCCUGAUGAGGAUAUAAUGUGUGUGGUAGAGACUGCCAAUAGUCAAGAUCAAGAGGAAGGACCUGAACCAGGGGCGCGAUGGACGCUGGUGUUCGAUGGUGCUUCUAAUGCAUUAGGCAAUGGUAUUGGGGCUGUUCUUACUUCUCCGACAGAUUUUCAUAUUCCAUUCACGGCCAGGAUUUGUUUUGAUUGUACUAAUAAUGUGGCUGAAUAUGAGGCUUGCAUAUAUGGUAUUGAGGCUGCCAUUGACUUGAGGAUUAAAAAUAUCGCAGUUUAUGGAGAUUCUGCUUUGGUUAAAUGGGACAAUGAAGCGCCUUCAAUUGUGAUCAAAAGGUUGGAUGAGCCCGCGUUCUGUGGCGUUAUUGAUAACGUGCCUGAUGAGAAACCAUGGUUUUAUGACAUUAAGAAAUUUCUGGAGACCCAAGAGUAUCCUGAGGGUGCUUCCCUUACGGAUAGGAAAACUCUGAAGAGACUAUCUGCCAAGUUCUUCCUUGCCGGAGGGGCAACUCCCUUCUCAUUAGUAUAUGGCAUGGAAGCGAUUCUUCCGGUGGAGGUCGAGAUUCCUUCAUUAAGGGUAUUGACAGAUGUGAAGCUCAGUGAAGCUGAUUGGGUUCAGACCAGAUUUGAUCAACUAAACCUCAUUGAUGAAAAGAGAUUAGCGGCCAUAUGCCACGGGCAAGCUUAUCAAAAGAAGAUGAAGAAAGCCUUCGACAAAUAG